CACUACAAGAAAAAUAGACAACGGCGACAGUCAAUUUGAGGCACUAGUAAGUGAACUGCCGCCGCUCUUGUCAAUACUGACAGUUACUACGACGUUCAUUGAACCGCCUUUACUCUCUGUAAAUUUCGACGGUUUUGUGUGUAUUGCGGCGGCGAUUAUGAACCGCACCUGUAUUCUUAUUAGAGGGCGCAAUCUUAUUUCCAAUUUUUUCAAUCAAAAUAACAAAAGAAAUUCACAGCUUUUCAUUCCUCGGUUCGAAUUUCACCGUUCCAAAUCCCUAAAUCUGCGAUUCUCACUCACAAGCUUCAUUCCUUAAAUCGCUCGACCUUCAAUCCCUAAAUCCGCGAUUCUCACUCACAAGCUCCAAUCCCUAAAUCUCUCAAAGCUACGUUCAGAUUCAUCUCAAGCUUUGUUCAAAUUUGUUAUUCAAUCUCUCAAGCUUCGAUGAACCUUCAAGCUUCAGGUUCAACAUUCAAGCUUCGCUUAACCUCCAUUCUCCAUUCAACUUUAGGUUAUAUAAUUUGGGAAUUAGGGACUUAGGUUGUAUCGUGAUACCAGAUUUUUGCUUUAUGGGCCACAGGUUGUGGUAAAACACAGAUUGCCGAAACUGUUACCAAGCCGUGGUGUCAAUCCUGUGAGUUGUGGCAUAUAUAUAUGGAGCCAAGCCAAUUGUCCUGAAUGAAUCAUUGCAAUGGAGGCUUGCAAUAGCUAUGUUGUAACACAUGUUCAAUUACAUGACACUCUUGAAUUGGGUUUGCAGCCAGGAAUUACUGAGGCACUUUUGGUCUUCCUAUCUAGUAACAACACAAAGCCUUGUUAAUAAGGCCAGAAGACUGAAAGAUGCCAUAUCACAAAUAGAUACCAAACUUGAGGAAAUAAAGGUAUCUGAAAUAAAGGUAUCUGCACAGUCAGACCUGCGGCACCAGGUUUCCCUUGUUGUCCAUCCAAAGCACCAGGCUUUGGAAGCUGCCUUGGUACAUUACGGUGCUGACGAUAAGAAAAGAAAUGCUAAAAGGGCCAAAGCCAAAUGGUUAUGUUUAGGAGAAUGGUAUGUCUAUGUGCACUUCCAGCAUUAUGCCAUAACAAUUUAGGAAUUUAUAUUCCAUAAAUUUUGUUGUGACCUCAACAGUAUGCCUAUUUAUCUCUAUAUUGUGAUGAAAUGAAUUAUUAUUAUUUUUUAAGAAGAAAUGAAUUAUUAUUAGAGUUAGUGAGCCAUGCAUUUACUCAAUAGUUAGCUUUGUAGAAAUUACUUGUUUACAUCCUAAGUCCUAACUGCAAGAUAUUAUAGAAUUUAUCUAACUUCAAUUUUACCAUGACUUGAUUUUCAAGCUUUAGAACACAAUUUCUAAGAGUAUUGACUGUUUUUUGUUUGUAAGCGAAGAGAGCAUUGACCGUAAUUCUUGUUGUUCUUAUGUUCCAAAAGGCUAUUAAUUCUUUGAGGUUGAUGCUUAUGUA